UGACAUCCACCGUAUCCAGCAUUCUUACACUGACAGUCAUCGCAUGCGACCGCUUCUUCGGCAUUGUUUUCGCUCUAAAAGCACACAUCGCAGAACGGCGUGCUUGGUAUGCCAUUGUCUUGCUCUGGAUUAUCGCCAUUGUGGUGGCAGCACCGCUGCUCUACGUCAGACGCCUCUUCAUGACGAAAUGGGCCAAUCAUACGGAACGAUUCUGUACAGACGAUUGGACUCUCGUUACAAACAGUAUGAACGCGAUGAAGGCAAGACGCAUCUACUACACUUUUGUUUCAAUUGUGCUUUUCUUUGUUCCUGUACUAGUUAUGUCCCUUGCCUACGCCAUGAUUAUUUGGAAGUUGUGGUCGGCGCAGAUUCCAGGUGAGAGGCUGGAAACGGAAAACAGGAACCAACUUAGAGUGAAACGCAAG